AUGGCCUUCCUCGGUGCUACAGGUCGUCGGUACGUGUGCAUCCAGCACCUACACGAACACUACGCGUUGGAUAUCGUGCGCAUCGGCCCCAAUGGACUUUCGAUCCGCGACCCGACUGCCAUGCUUGCAAUUCUGGGCAUGAAAGGCAUGCUCCUCAAAGCGGAGCCGCUUACGAUGAUCGCAAUCCAAGACACGGACGAGCAUGUGCAGCGUCGACGCCCGUACCACGCGGACUCUCGCAGGGGGGCCCUGAAAGACUACGAGGUGAUGGUCUCCCGGCGGGCUCGGAUGCUCGUCGACCGCCUGGGUGAGACUAAGGGGGCGGACGUUUGCCUUGACGAGUGGUUCGACCGCUUCUCGUGCGAUUACAUGUCAGAUCUGGCAUUUGGCGGCGGUUCGGAGCUACUGAGUGGAACCGACAAGAACAACUUCCUCCCUGCCCUCACUGCAGCGACUACGUCUGCGGUGUUCCUCUCGCACGUACCCUGGCUGGGGGUGUACACACUGCACGUGAACUGCUCCGCGCUCACCAAGCAGCGCGUGCACCGCGGCGCCGCCACGCACGACCUCUUCCACCACCUCCAGCUUAUCGAGGACGCCGUCCUUACGAUGGUCGCGGGCUCGGACACCGUCGCCUCUACGCUCACCUCGCUCUUCGCCUGCCUCGUCGCGCACCCAGCCGUCCACGCGCGCCUCUCGCGCGACACAGACGGGACGGUGACACGCGCCCACCGCGACAUGGCCUAUUUAGGCGCCUUGAUAAACGAGACGCUGCGCCUGUUCCCGCCCGUCCCGAGCGGCACGCAGCGCCAGAUGGCCCCCUGGGGGCCCUGGAUUCACUGUGGGAGACAAAUGCGCCCGCGGGCCGCGCUGACGAUGAUCAUCAUCAGAUACAUACCUCCCGGGUCGGCGCUCUGGGUGCACGUCUGGUCGAUGCAUCGCGACGCGCGCAGCUUCUCCGAUCCCACGCGCUUCUGGCCUGAGCGCUGGCUGCCAGUCGACGCGCACGACUCGAAGCCGACUCGCGGGUUCGCGCACGACGAGGCCGCCUUCAACCCGUUCUCGUACGGGCCGCUCAACUGCGUCGGGAAGGCGCUCGGGUUGCAGGAGAUCUGGACGGUGGUGUGUGCGGUGCUGCAGCGGUUCGAGGGGGCGUGCCUGGACCACUUUGUGAGCGUGAGGGGGAAGGUGCGCGUCGUGCUGGAGGCGCAUCGAGUGGUGCGCAACUGCGAUGGGGGUGCGGAAUUCGCUUCAUAA